CCAGACUCUGUGAGGCGGUCACUUAAUGUCGGUGUAUUCUUCAGUCUGUUCCGCUGACUUUACCGGAUUAAAAACAAACUUAACAGAGCAGGUUCAUUUUUAAAAGCACUAAUUAGCGCGGAUUGAGGAGGAAGUUGAAGGUGUGUAAUGGGUUAACGGCGGAAGGCCUCGCCUCACCUUUACUGCGCGUCACCGGGCUCCGUAAAGUGGUCCCACCAUCCAAACCAAAAGGGGAAAAUCACCGCCUCUCGCCGCCGCCGCACGCGCACCCUCGCCUCGGUCGCUCUCACAUCAGCCUGUCGGUCUCCGCCCCGCCGCACCAUCAGCACACACACACCCAGAAGACACCGGGAAAUAAGAGUGAUUUACCGGAGCCAUGAAGGACCGCAUGCAAGAACUUAAACAUGGGAAGGAAACGACAGAGGAGGAGGAUGAAGUCGCUGUGGGGAUGGACAAAGGCUUUAUGGAUGAAUUCUUUGAGCAGGUGGAGGAGAUCAGGGGUUUUAUCGACUCUCUGGCAGAGAAAGUUGAGGAGGUGAAGAGGAAGCACAGCGCCAUCCUGGCUUCACCCAACCCAGAUGAGAAAACUAAAGCUGAGCUGGAGGAUCUCAUGGCAGACAUCAAGAAGUUGGCCAACAAAAUACGCUCCAAAUUAAAGAGUAUCCAGCAAACCAUUGAGCAAGAGGAAAGCCAGAACAGGUCAUCAGCUGACCUGAGGAUACGCAAGACACAGCACUCCACACUGUCCCGUAAGUUUGUCGAGGUGAUGUCAGAGUACAACACCACCCAGUCGGACUACAGGGAGCGCUGCAAGGGACGCAUUCAGAGGCAGCUGGAGAUCACUGGAAGAAACACAACAAAUGAGGAGCUGGAGAGCAUGUUGGAGAGCGACAACCCGGCUAUCUUUACCUCGGGGAUCAUUAUGGACAACAUCACCGAGCAAGCCAUGAAUGAGAUCGAGACGCGGCACAAUGAGAUCAUCAAGCUGGAAAACAGUAUCAGAGAGCUUCACGACAUGUUCAUGGACAUGGCCAUGCUGGUGGAGAGCCAGGGUGCACUGGUGAACAACAUUGAGCGAAGUGUGCUGGCCGCCCAUGAAUAUGUGGAGCAGACAAAGGAGAACAUCCCAAAAUGCAAAAAGUUCAAAAAGACUGGCAAACGGAAGGUGAUCCUGAUAGGAGGUUGUAUUGCAGCAUGUCUGACCGUCCUCAUUAUUUCCCUCGCAGUUGGACUCAGUUAGGACUCUAAAAAAUCCCUAAGAGCUGACAGGGCAGGAGGUGAUGCCUCCUCCUGUGGGUCUAAUGUUCGGCAGUUAAAAUGUACUGUAUAGUGGGCUCUGUAUUGUGCAGUCAGUAACUGCGUGUGAAGUAAGAAGAAGGCUUACAUUACUACCCUAAAGACAGUCCGACAUGGUUCUGUGCACUCAAAUAUCUUACAUUUACUUUUACAUAUAUUUUUUAAUACAUAGGCCUACAUUUUUCUAAACUAACAGCCAAAUACUUUGACGAGCUAACGUGUGCCUUGUGUCCAUUUGUGUCCAUUUGUGUCAUGAUUCACAUAUUGUUGUCAUGUGCAUGUUCUGCAGUCUUCUGAGGAGCUUUGCAUGUUUUUCUACAAAAACAAAGCUGCAGAUACUAAGUGGUUAUAUUAAUCAAAAUGCAUGUGUUGAAUUGAAAAACGAAAGUGCAUAUACCUCAGCAAAGUUCAUGAACAGUCAGCCUCACAUACUGUACUUACAGAUGUGUCCAACAUUGAGAACCCUGAAAAAAGUUUUUGAGUCCAUGAUCAAGGUUCAAAAAUAUAAAUGUUUCCUUCUUUUUUUUCUUUGUUUUAAAGAUAUUUUUUUGAGAGAGAGAGAGAGAGAGAGAGAGAGAGAGAGAGAGAGAGAGAGACACAUCAGCAAAGGGCCACGGGCUGGAGUCGAGCCCAACCCGUUACGGCAACAGCCUUGUACAUGGGGCGCCUGCUCUAUCCACCAAGCCACCAAUGCCCCUAUAAAUGUUUCCUUUUUUGAAGCAUUCAAGGAAUAUUUUUACCAUAUGGGAAAUAAACAUUGUUUUCUUUCUGAGAGUUAAGACAGAAGAUCAAUAAAAACAAUGUGUAAAAAUGACAAGGGGGGUUAUAAGUGACAUCUGAUUUCACACAUACAAAAUGAACUUUUCUAGGCUUUGGCAAAGUUUUACAAAUAUAAAACCAUUCAUCUAUCCAUUAUAUGUAACCACUUGUCAUAUUCAGGGCUGGAGCCUAGCCCAGCUGACAUUGGCUGAGGGGUGGAGUACACCCUGGACAGGUGGCCAGACUAUUGCAGGGCUGACACAUAGAGACAGACAACCAUUCAUGCUCGCAUUCACACGUAUGGGCAAUUUAAAGUCACCAAUUAACCUGCAUGUCUCUGGACUGUGGGAGGAAGCCGGAGAAUCCAGAGAAAACCCACACUGAUGCGGGGAAAGGGCCCAGCCAGCCAGAGGGUUCAAACCUGGAACCAUCCUGCUGUGAAUCGACAAUUUUAACCACUACAACACAGUACAGUUUACAAGGUACUUGUAAACGUUCUUUGUUGCCUGUGGACAGAGCCAGGCUUGCUGUUUCCCCUACUUUCCCUCCUAUUUUUAUGCUAAGCUAAGCUCACCAGCUUCUUAUGUACUGCAGAUGAGAGUGGUAUUAAUCCUCUAAACUAAUUAUUAUCUGAAAAUGAGUAAGCAUGUGUCCAAAACUAUUCCUUUAAGAACUGGAGACUGAUUCCUCAGGGUUUAAAUGAUGGACAUUGGCUGUUUAUGAAUGUUGAGGCAUGUGUGCUUAAAUGACAUAUUUUAUGAUUUAACUUUGCUUUAAAGUCACUGUGUGGAUUUUUACAGAAAACUGAAACGACCUCAGUAAACACUGGCUCAGUCUGUAGUCUGCUUAUUUCAGAAGGUAGCUUCAUGCAUCCUUAGCUACCACCAGAUGGUGCCAAACUUUAGCAUUUCCAUUAUCUAUACAUUGUGGCUUUAAAUAUAAUAAUGAUUCAUGUUUGUGGCAUGUAUGAACACACUGUGUUGUGUUUAAUGUGUUAUGAACAAAAUGCAGGAACCAAAGAUUAAUGAUUUUUUAAAGUAGAGCAUGUGGAAAUGCCUCUAAACCACAGUGACACUCCAGCAUUAUCAGAUAUAUUCAAAUCAAAUAGUCUCUCUCCUGCAUUGUGUUCGUCUGCUCUUUUUCUGAUUAUUAUACAAAUUGUAAUGUGUUAAAAUAAAAUACAACUUACAUCUCUAACAUGUUUUCCUUUGCCCCCCAUUUGCUGCUAUGGAUGACUGUUAAACUGUUCUUGUUACCGCUUACAGAAGAAAAUUAUGAUUAUUAUAUGCUGUGUGGUUCUGGGAAUCGUCAUUGCUUCCAUUGUUGGAGGAACGCUGGGCUAAACCUCAACCACAGUCACACUUUAAGACACACAACCGCACACACAACAGAGCAAAAACACAACAGAUUGACAUUUUCAGUUUCCUGUUUUCAUGAAUGCAAUUUAGUGCAAGGGGCGUUAUUUACUGUACGACACAUUUGAUGCGUGGCGUACAGGGCAAGAGGUGUUUUCGCAUGAGUUGCUAUUUUGUAAAUGUGUGGUGCUGCAAACUGUUUAUCUGAGUGUUGUCAAUGAUAUGAUGUUUCCAAAAGUGAAUUGUUGAAUGAAAAAAGUUUUACUAAAUGAUAUGUAACACUAUACUAAUACAUUCCAACUUCCAAAUAUGACACUUAAUCAGUUGUAAUGCCUGUUUUGUGUUGUACAGACAAAGACGGGCCGCUAAUCUGUGUUUUCAAAGCCACGUUAUCUGUAGACCCUUUGUUUAAUCACAUCUUGAUUGACUUUAUCUUUUCGUCUGAUGUUCUCUCUCUGAUGUCCUCUACCUCCCUCCAACAGCCCUGCAUGGUUUAGUUCACUGUAAAGUGGUGUUUUGUUUUCUAUUGCAAAUGAGAAAGAAGACACGUUGGAUAUUUUGCUGGUAGAAUCAUCAUACUGCCAAAUUUUUCUAAUGUCAUCUCUUAUAGUUUUUGGGAAGCAAUGCUACUGUACUUAACUUCUGGCCUUACCAGUUGUACAGCAUUUCUGACCGUUGCUCCAGUGUUGAGUGUGUGCAUGUGAAAGAGGAUAUGUGUGUGUGUUCAUUUGUAGCUACAUGUUUGAACGUGCUGAGUGCGAGUCGUGGGAUGAGAACAUGAGGUCUUGUUAAUAGCCACCUGUGUCUUUGUUUUGUAUAAAGUGUAAACUGAUAUAAAGCUCUCUAACACUGCCAGUAUGUUCAAAUAAGCUGUUAAAAUGGAGUCUAGUCUGGUUGGAUUGAUAAUUCUGGUCUGUAAGUGAAAACACUUGCUGAUGUUUCAUGUCUUUUAUAAACCCCAGCUUUAAACAGAGCAUAUCCUUCUGUCGAGCUACUUCAAUGUUUAUUUUUAUGAGUGAACAUGAGUCAGUGAAAGCGUCAGCAUGAACUCAAAGUAGCGCUGUAAAAGACUCUUGUGUCAGUUUUCUGGUGACAUAUCAGACAUGAACAGACUGCAACCAUGUUUACCAUGUUGCCUACUCAUAUUGUUGCCUUUGUGUUGUAUUGUGAUAACAUGGUUUUGUUUGUUUAAUUUGAGUUUCUUUUUGUUUUGAUUUUUCAAGUAAAGUUUGUCUGAAAAUCACA